UGCAACUUUUCUUUCCAUCGUUUUAAGGAGUGACCUCGGGUUUUUGCUCAUUCAUCCUCCCUCCAUUCAAUUUAGUUUCAUAUGCAACACUCUGACACAGACAAAUAUUCAUACAGGAUUAGCAGAGGAAAGUUUUCAGUGACGGCCAUCUCCCUGGAUGAUUAUCUUCCAAUGCGAAGUAGUGAAGUGAAAAAUCGGACAUCAACAGGUGAUAUCACUAGCCUCAGAGUAAUAACAGCGGUUAAAACCCCUUAUCUGCCGGAUGGAAGAUUUGAUCUUGAAGCAUAUGAUUCGCUGAUAAACAUGCAGAUAGAAGGUGGUGCUGAAGGUGUAAUAGUGGGAGGAACAACAGGAGAGGGCCACCUGAUGAGCUGGGAUGAACACAUCAUGCUUAUUGGGCAUACAGUUAACUGCUUUGGCACUAAAAUUAAAGUGGUCGGCAACACAGGAAGUAACUCAACAAGGGAGGCUAUUCACGCAACUGAGCAGGGAUUCGCUGUAGGUAUGCACGCGGCUCUCCACAUCAAUCCUUACUACGGGAAGACCUCCGUCGAAGGGUUGAUCUCCCAUUUUGAGGCUGUUCUCCCAAUGGGUCCAACCAUCAUUUACAAUGUGCCAUCCAGGACUGGCCAGGAUAUUCCUCCUGCUGUUAUUGAGGCGGUUUCAAGUUUUUCAAACAUGGCAGGUGUCAAAGAAUGUGUUGGACAUGAGAGGGUUAAGUGCUAUACUGACAAAGGUAUAACCAUAUGGAGUGGUAAUGAUGAUGAAUGCCAUGAUUCUAGGUGGAAAUAUGGUGCCACUGGAGUCAUUUCUGUAGCCAGCAACCUUAUUCCCGGUCUCAUGCGUAAGCUCAUGUACGAAGGGGAGAAUACAGCGCUCAAUGAUAAGCUACUUCCUCUGAUGAAAUGGUUGUUUUGCCAGCCUAAUCCGAUUGCGCUCAACACCGCCCUGGCUCAGCUUGGAGUGGCAAGGCCCGUUUUCAGAUUACCUUAUGUACCUCUCCCCCUUGAAAAGAGGGUUGAGUUCGUCCGAAUUGUCGAAUCCAUUGGACGGGAAAAUUUUGUGGGUCAGAAAGAAGCAAGGGUUCUUGAUGAUGAUGAUUUUGUGUUGAUCAGUAGGUAUUAA